AUGAACGACCCGCGCUGGCAGCAGCAUGUGAAGCCGAAGGUGCGUGGUCGAGGGUAUUGGUUUUGGAAGGCCGCCAUAUCGCGACUGUUGCUGGCCAAAGGUGUUCUUCAGCUGGGUGACGAUCUGCUGUAUGUGGAUGCGGAUUCCAUGCCCAUGAUGAAACACCUCAUCAGAAUGAGUGCCAUGCACAAGCAGGACAUCAUCAUUGCCGCGCAGCCUCACUGUGAACAUGUUUGGACCAAAGGUGACAUCUUUCAACGGUUUGGCACAACCUGGAACGACCUCCAUUAUGGGCUCACACAGCAGCCGAAAGCACAGGCAUUUUACAUGCGGCUGAACGAGCGUACGCUCAAAGUCUUGCAGAUCUGGGAGAUGCUCAUGGAGGAUUUUCACCUCGUCUCCGACGAGCCUUCCCGGAACAAAGACUUGGAUGGCCCCUGGUUCAAAAGGAAGGAGAACCGGCACGAUCAGAGCUUGCUGUCCAUGAUCAUCAAG